GUGGCUCUUUGCACUCCUGCUGCUGAGACCGGGAGCUAGCGUGCAAGCUCGGUCCAUUAGCAGUAACGCCACAACGAGACAGACAGCACCAUUGUCAUCUACUGCCAAGAAGAUCUUUAUAAUACUGUCAGUCACUGGAUUAUAGCAGUCACCACGGUCUCCAGAACUACAAUGCCCCCUAUGCGCCAUCGCUCCAUGCGUGUCUUCAUGAAUGAUGACCGCCAUGUUAUGGCCAAGCACUCCGCCAUCUAUCCAACUCAAGAAGAACUGGAAAGCGUACAGAACAUGGUGUCUCACACAGAGCGAGCCCUCAAGGCCGUCUCUGACUGGUUGGAUAAACAGGAAAAGGGGAAGCCUGACUCCGAUGGCACAGACACGGAUAAGGAAAGUGAGCAUAAAGAUCAGGCCACCCGCUCUCUGCGUGGCGUAAUGAGGGUGGGUCUCGUUGCAAAAGGCCUGUUACUGAAGGGGGACCUGGACCUGGAGCUGGUGCUGCUCUGUAAGGAGAAGCCUACAAUCAGUCUGCUGAAGAAAGUGUCUGAAAACCUUGUUACACAACUCAAGUUGAUCACAGAAGACAAGUAUGUGGUGACCCAGCACAUCCGCGAGGCCAGCAUCGUCAUAAAGAACACCAAGGAGCCCCCCCUCACCCUCACAAUUCACCUCACAUCCCCUGUGGUUCGUGAAGAGAUGGAGAGGACUGCAGCUGGAGAAACGCUUUCAGUCAACGAUCCCCCGGAUGUUCUGGACAGGCAGAAAUGCCUAACUGCCUUGGCUUCUCUACGCCACGCUAAGUGGUUCCAGGCCAGAGCCAACGGGCUUCGCUCCUGUGUCAUUGUCAUCCGGAUCCUAAGGGACCUGUGCGCCCGAGUCCCCACCUGGGCCCCGCUCCGUGGCUGGCCACUGGAGCUGAUCUGUGAGAAAGCCAUUGGCACAGGGAACCGGCCCAUGGGGGCAGGAGAAGCUCUGCGGAGAGUUUUAGAGUGUCUGGCUUCAGGAAUCCUCAUGGCAGAUGGUGCCGGAAUCUCCGAUCCGUGCGAGAAGGAAGCCACAGACGCCAUCAGUCAUUUGGACCACCAGCAGAGAGAAGACAUCACAGCGAGUGCACAACAUGCCUUAAGGCUGUCGGCUUUCGGACAGCUUCACAAAGUGCUUGGAAUGGAUCCCCUUCCGUCUAAAAUGCCCAAGAAACCUCGUAGUGAGACUCCAAUCGAUUACACAGUGCAAAUCCCACCCAGUACGGCUUACGCCCCUCCAAUGAAGAGGCCCAUCGAGGAAGAGGAGGGCACUGACGACAAGAGUCCCAAUAAAAAGAAGAAAAAGCUGCAGAAGAAAUCUCCCGAAGAGAAAGCUGAGCCUCCCCAGGCUAUGAAUGCCCUAAUGAGACUCAAUCAGCUGAAGCCAGGCCUCCAGUACAAACUGAUAUCGCAGACUGGCCCAGUUCAUGUGCCAGUUUUCACUAUGGCCGUAGAAGUCGAUGGAAAGACAUUUGAAGCUUCUGGUCCAUCCAAGCGCACUGCCAAGCUACAUGUAGCUGUGAAGGUCCUGCAGGACAUGGGCCUGCCCACUGGAGUGGAAGUGAAGACUGCUGAGCCGGUAAAAUUAGAGGAGGCAGUAGUAGCAACCGCCGUGGAAGAAUUGAGGCCAGUGGCAAAACUCGAAACGACCGCUGCUGCCACAGGAGCAGCCAACGCAGACAGCACUUUCGCCGCAGAGACUGCUCGCCAACAGGGACCAAUCCUAACAAAACACGGCAAGAACCCCGUGAUGGAGCUGAACGAGAAGCGCCGCGGCCUCAAGUACGAGCUCAUCUCGGAGACCGGCGGCUGCCCCGACAAACGGUUUGUCAUGGAGGUGGAGAUCGACGGACAGAAGUUCCAGGGGACGGGACCCAACAAAAAGGUGGCCAAGGCUUACGCAGCUCUGGCUGCUUUGGAGCGACUCUACCCCGAGGGCUCUGUGACUGAGGCUGCUAAAAAGAAGAAGGGACCGCCCAUGCACAACACAGGGUUCGGCAUGAUGGGAGCUUCUGGAGUUGGAGACGCAGCUGCACCCAGGGGCAGAGGGAGAGGAGGACGGGGUCGUGGGAGAGGCAGAGGCUUUAAUAAUGGAGGAGGAUAUGGCCAAGGAGGUGUCUUCGGAACGUAUGGUUACGGGAACAACGCUAACUCCGGAUACAAUUACUACAACAACGGUGGCACAAACGGAGGCGCCGGAGCAUCGAGCAGCCCAUCGGGCGGUCCCCCAGCCAGCCCAGCACCAGGACCAGCACAGGGCUCCUACGGUUCCUACUACCAGAGUGACGGAGCCUACACUGCCGCUUCUGCCAACAAAGCACCCAAAAAGAAACCCCCUAUGCACAAGGGAGGGAAGGCAACCUUCCCGGGUCCCCCAGGGGCAAACAGUGGACCUGCAGGAGGCUACCAGUCCAGUAGCCCCUCAGGGCAGGGCUCGUACAGCCAGUAUGGCCCGGGUUAUGGACAGGGAAAGAAGAGUUUCAGCCAGAACCAGGGGGGCGCAGGAGGAUACUCGUACAGCACUGCCUACCCGAGCCAGGUGACAGGAGGCGCUGGAGAUAAUCAGGACUACAGUUAUGAAGGUUUCAACAACCAGUCCAGUUACAACUCACAGGGAGGUGGAGGAGGCGGCAACCAGGGCUUUGGCACCAACCACUCUCAGUACCACAACCCAGUGGGCUACGGCAGAGGAGACAACAGCAUGAACUACCAGUACAGAUAGACUGAAGCGCUGCGGACGGUCGGCACCAAGCACCCUGCAUCAGUGUCUCAAGCCUUCUCCAAAGAAAGUGAUCGACGGCUUGCCUGUGCUCUCUGCCUUUUCCAUGUUUGCUUCUUAUGUGCUUUUGGGUUUAUAUGUAGCACACGUGGGCACAAUUGAGAUGUCUGGACUUUUUUAAGUGUCAGAGCUGAGCCGUGGCUGAAUCUAGUGGUCUGUUUCAGUGGUUCUGGUCAGUGCUUAGUCUUGUGUUUUUAGGUUAUUUUUAUUUUUUAUUUUUUAAUCUAUGCUACCAGUCCUCAUUCUCAUCACUAAAUAUGAAGGCUGAUGCGACAGUUACUUGCUAGCUCUGACUUGGUUUCCUUUCUUACUAAAGAGUUGUGUGGCAGCGGCAUUUUUUCUCCAUGUGAAACUAGUUAAAUCUUGUAGUUUUAAACUACAAAGGUUGUUGUAUUUUUUGUAACGAUUCAAUGGACCCGAAUAGCUCGUUCUUCUCUUCGAUGCUUGUAAUUUUGGCUUAUUUUGUAAUUUACCUAAUGUGAUGUAGUUAUUUUAAUAAAUGGUUUUGGAGAUUAACAGGAACAAA